GGCGAGAUACAUUUGGGGCGAGAGGUCGUGUCUGACGGUGCAGGGCGGGGGCGAACUCAGUGCUUCGACUUCAACAAAGGAGUGUGAACGGUGGCUGAGAAGAACGUGUGCGCUACCGGCAAGAGGAACAACCACCACUUAUAGGACCAUGUCCCCCCUGCUCGUGGCCGUGGCGGCCCUGCUGCUGGCCGUGCUGGCGCUGCGCGGCCUGCGCACCUACCGGGACACCGUCUGGCACUGGCACACCCUCACCCGGGACAUGCCGGGGCCCUUCGCCUUCCCGCUCAUCGGCAGCUGCUGGACCAUGGCCAAGCACCCCGACCGGAUGUUCGAGCAGAUGAUGUGGCUGUGGAAGGCGUUCGGCAGCACCAUCAAGCUGUGGCUCGGGCCCUUCCUCUUCACCAUCCUCCUGGAGCCGGACGACGUGGAGGUGUUCAUGACGCACCCCGCGCUGGCCGACAAGCCCGUCGCCUACGACCUGGUCAAGCCGCUUCUCGGCGACGGGCUCAUCACCCUCAACAGCUCGGAGCACCGCCGGCACCGCAAGAUCAUCUCCACCUCGCUACACCUCGACAUCCUCAAGGGGUUCGUGAGCACGUUCAGCGAGCGCAGCCAGGACCUCGUCGACAAGCUGCGCGUCCACGCCGACCGCGGCGAGGUGGUCGAUAUGUCGCCCUACCUGGGCUUCUGCGUCAACCACAGCCUCUGCGACACGGUGCUGUCCACCGACAUGACGGGCGUGGAGGCGGACCGCGACGAGCUCAUCCGGGUGGCCGACCAGGCCAGCGUGCUGGCCUUCUUCCGCUACUUCCGGCCGUGGUACUGGAGCGAGCGCGUGUUCGCGCUGCUGUCCAGCCGCUACAAGGAGUACCGCAUGGUGGUGCAUGGUAUGCAGGACUUCGUGCACAAGCACUUGGUCACGCUCGUGUCUAUUAUUAUGGCUAGUUCGUUUCAGCUGAAAAAGUAUGACUUAUGA